CCCCUCCCCCUCAUUCCCGCAACGUAAAGUCGGCAUCAAUGAGAGAAAGCCAGAAAAGGGAGCGCGGCCGCCAUUAUUACAGGUGUUACUGAGCAUCACAGCCGUGAGAUAACGGGCAACGUAAACAUCAUAACGCUGAUGCUUCAGGAAUAGCCAGAAGAUGCCAGGUCAAGUCACCUAUGGACGUAAGCGUCCACUUCCUUCAUCUCCCAAUCCCCUAUUUAUAAAGUGGCUAACUGAGUGGAGGGAUGCAGCUGCAGAGAAAGGGUUGAAAACGCAAUAUGUUUAUCAGAAGGCAAUCAGCUCCCUUAAGAAGUAUCCCUUGCCGCUGCACAACGGAAAAGAGGCAAAAAUUCUGCAAAACUUUGGGGACGGUAUCUGUAAGAUGUUAGAUCAGCGACUGGAGAAGCAUUAUGUUGAGAAUGGGCCCAGUGCUCCAAUUCAUUCUCUCCCUAGCUGCAGCUCAAAUUCAACUAGAGCAAGAGAACCGAAGAGAGCAUCUUCUCCUGUUCCCACCAAGUCUGUUCUAGAAGCACCACAUGCAGAGAGUCAUCAAGGGCUAUCUCCCUCUAAGAAGAAAAAAAACGAAGGCAAAAAACUGCGUGAAUAUGUCCCGCAACGUCGGUCAGGAGGAUAUGCAGUGCUUAUAACACUGUACAAAAACAGCCAAAGUUCAAGUUACAAAGGUUACAUGACCAAAGUAGAACUACAAAGAGAAGCUCAGUCACUGUGUGAUAAAUCAUUCACUCUGACUGACGCCAACAAUAAGUACACAGCUUGGUCUUCCGUCAGUACGUUGAUACAGAAGGAUCUGGUCAUCAAAACUCACAGCCCUGCUAGGUACUCAUUGACAGAGAAAGGAAUUGAACUGGCUCAUAGGUUAACUGCAGCAGAACAAGGUAAAGGAAUACUAGAGGGCGGCUCGUUAGAAGAUGACUUCUCUUCAUCUGAUAAAGAAAUAGAAGAACAGAAAAAUAAAGAAAAGGGUUAUGAAGGCAAAAACAUCCCAAGUAUACACAUUCACCCUAUUCAAAGUCAUCAGUAUCCUCCCAUGAGUGUUUCUUCAGACAACUCUGAGACCAGCAGAAAGCACACAUCCAGUUCUUACCAACAUAUUCCUGAUUUCAUCUUGCAUCCGGGGAAAUUCAACAUUCUGCUCUGUGUGGAUUUCAUAGAGACCACAGGAGGCUCGGCACAUCGGAAACAGGAUCUUGUUUCAGAACUGAAGAAGAAUGGUGUUAGUUUCGAUGUGCGCAAGUUGCAUAUUGGAGACUUUGUGUGGAUAGCACAAGAGAAAGUACAGCCGGUGCCAGGUCAGCUGAGAGUUCCACAGCCCCAGGAACUAGUGCUAGAUUAUGUGGUGGAACGAAAGAGAAUGGAUGACCUAUGUGGAAGUAUUAUAGAUGGCCGCUUCCGCGAACAAAAGUUUCGCCUGAAAAGAUGUGGGCUGCGUCACCCAAUAUAUCUUGUGGAAGACCACGGUUCUGCUCAACAUCUGAGCAUUCCUGAGAGUACCCUGCAGCAAGCCAUAGUAAAUACACAGGUAAUUGAUGGAUUUUUUAUCAAGCGCACCAAGGAUGUUCGGGAAUCUGCAGCCUACUUGACUAUAAUGACUCGCUACCUACAGGGCAUGUACUUGAACAAAACCCUGAUGAGCUGCACUAAAGAGGAUGAUGAAAAAUUUGAAAGAGAGGUUCCACUCCACAGUUCUCAAAGCUGCAUUCUGCUGGACUUCAAAAGCUUUAAUGAAGGAGCUAUGAAGAACAAGGCUCAGACGGUGAGAGAAGUAUUCGCAAGGCAAUUGAUGCAGAUCAGUGGUGUAAGCGGUGACAAAGCUGCAGCUAUUCUGGACAAAUAUAAUACCCCAGCCAGUCUCAUGGCUGCAUAUGAACGAUGUGUCUCCACUGAAGAGAAAGAGAAACUGCUGUCCAAUGUGAAAUGUGGGAAGAUGCAAAGAAACCUUGGACCAGUCUUGAGCAAGACCAUAUCCCAGCUUUACUGCACUAAAGGAGCAUUAUCCUGAUGCUAUAAUACAACAUAAAUUCAGGACAUCAUGCUUAUUCUUUAAUGGACUUUAUCUUUAGGAUCAUAAUAUCCCAAUAUGACAGGAUGAAAAGUGAUGCUGCAUUAAUAGUAAAAUAGGUCUGUGACACAUUUUUGACUAUGCAUUACCAAGUACUACCUCAUUUUGUAUUGUCCUCCUCUCCUUCAAUAUUAUUCAGAAGUAUCAUGGAAACUAAAGUACAUGUAUCUUAGCUACCAUUUUGUAAUUAAAUAAUUAAAAUACACUAGCUAAUGAUGUGAAGAUACAAAAAUGAUUUUUUGUAACAUUGAGUACUGAAUGAUGGUAAACUAAAUACUGGAGUACAUGAAAGUAUGAAUUUAUACAUUUCAAUAAAAUAUGUUUUGCAGAAAGUUAGUCUUUAAUAAAUUAUGUAGUCUAAGGUUGGAGAUAUAGGAUUAGAAACUUUAAACGCCUAUGGGCAUGUGAAACAGUCUCCUGACAUAUGCAAUAGGAUAACUCCAGGGUGCUAUCAUAGAUAAAGAAAGAUACUGAUUAUCAAAUAGUGAAAAUAGGAACAGGCUUCAACAGGAUGUAAUGUAAGUAAUUUCUUAUGAAAUCACUAUGUUUCUGCCAACAAGGCCUUAAUCAUGUAUAAUUAAACACUCAUAUCUAUUUAUAGACAUAUAUUAUGGAAAGAAACACAUAAUAUAAUGACGGAUUCAAAUGUCAAUGGUUAAAGGAUACCAUGGUGACACGCAUAGCAGUCGUGACUCAAAUAAGGAAGUAAAUACAUACAGAAGAAGAGCAAAAAUAAAAAUGAUGAAUUAGCAGAUACAGCACCAGUUAAUUAAUUGGGUACGAUAUGGGUAUAAAUAGAUAUCUUAGUGAGUGUUUACUUAUACAUUAUUAAGGAUUUGUAAACCAAAAUAUGAGUUUUUGAUGGAUUUGCACUAAUAUAGUGUAGAAAGUAGGUCCAGACACUCAAGGUUUCUUCAAAAAGGCAGAUUUAUUGAAAACCAAAUGUGCAACGCUUUGACCUACACAGAAGCCUUUGUGCCCUUGAGCUUGACAAAGACCUCUGUGUAGGUCCAAACGUUGCACGUUCAGUUUUUAAUAAAUUUGCCUUUUUGAAGAAACCUUGAGUGUCUGGACCUACUUUCUACUAAUAUCUUCUAAAUUGGGGUUGCCAUCU